AUACAUUUGAUUUUGGUUAAACCCUUUGCUUGCUUAUUUGUAUAAAUAUCGAAAAUGUUUCUCGAAAAUCAUCAAUCAGGAUUCAAUCAUCCGACAGAUAACUUCUAAAACCAAAAUGAAAUUCAUAAUUUUGACUCUCGCCCUCAUCGGAGCUGCAUCAGCUGGAUUAGUUGCUCCACUGAGUGGAUUGGGUUGGGGACAUGCUGCUGGUUUGGGAUGGGGACAUAAUCUUGGAUACGCUGGAGGAUUAGGAUGGGGACAUGCUCUUGCUGCUCCAUCUCUUGCUGCUCACGCUAUUGCCGCACCAGCUAUUGCUGCUCCAGCUAUUGCUGCCCAUGCUAUUGCCGCUCCAGCUAUUGCCGCCCAUACUAUCGCCGCUCCAGCUAUUGCUGCCCAUGCCCUUGCUGCUCCAGCUAUUGCUAGUCAUGCUAUUGCUGCUCCAGCUAUUGCCGCUCACGCUCUUGCCGCUCCAGCUCUUGCUGCCCAUGCCUAUGCUGCUCCAGCCCUUGCUGCCCAUGCCUAUGCUGCUCCAGCUAUUGCUAGCCAUGCUAUUGCUGCCCCAGCUAUUGCUGCUCCAGCCCUUGGAUAUGGAUGGGGAAGUCACGCUUAUGCUGCUCCAGCUUGGGGAUAUGGUGGUCUCUGGAAGAAGAAGGCCGCUGCCCAUUAAUAUGGCUGUCAAAUGUUCGAAUAAAAGAUGAUGACAUAGA